UAACGCUGAAACGAAACAACAAAAUAAAUCACGAGUGUGUGAGUUGUAGCUCCCAUGGUUCUCCUAAAAUGAAGCCUUAUUUGUCAACUUUUUCUUUUAUGUUAUGUCUUCAAGUACUUUGGGUGGCAUCUCUUGACAAAGUGUGUGAUCUUGGCAGCGAUGGCCGACUCCAUCUCAACUUAUCAACUCCAACACAGUGCAGUCUUCCACCGUACGCAAAUCUACAAAUCCAAUCAGACAACAUCGACCCAAAGCUGACAUCAUUUAUACUCUUCACAAUCCAAACGCCCAACUUGCCUGUCCAGAUCUCCCUGACUCAGAACCCUUCCCUGGAUUACUCUAUCAAUGGCUCGGAUGUUGGGCUGGUCUCCAUUCUGAAGCCAGGCCAGACAGUGGUGGAGUGGUUCUUGACGUCGUCGUGGAAUUUCACCGUUCCCAUUCAGUUGUUUGCUUUGCCUUAUUACCACAACACGAAUGACAGCUCGGCUCCUAUUCCUGGCGCUUGCAACCAAGAAUUUGAUCUAGAGAACGAGCCCAACCUCCACCUACACAACACCAGUGCCCUGAACAUCACUCUCUUAGAGUUUGCUGCGGCCAAUGUGGGCGUCAAACUUGGCGACGCCCUGCCAACCUGCGACGUGGGUGACACAUCCCUGAGAUUUCGGCUGACGUACGAGCUGUACGUACUGCAUCUUGGGGCGCUGCAGUUCAACAAUGAGUCGUUUUUUAAUGAAAUGAUGAAGAUGUCGACUGUUGAUAACAUCAUCAAGAAUGGAGAAAUGGUUCAGUCCUUCGAAAAAACGGACAUAACCGAGUUUUACCAGGUCAACUAUCGCAGUCGAGGGUUUAUCUACAACGUGAUCGUGACGGAUCCUGUGUACGGAACCAGAGCGGCGUAUGUACCUGCUGUAGUCUACUCAUGUGAGCUGAAACACAACAGUCUGGAAUGCCAAGAUGACAUUGAUUUUGGCGUGAUUUUAAUCGCGACGUUCACAGGCCUUGCAGGGCUAGUCAUCUGCCUAUUUGGACAUCGCAUCUUCAAUUACGAGGUGUUCUUCUUUGGAUUUGUGCCUCUCUUCAUCGGCUCUUUCAUGGUCUUCGGAUCUCAAGUUCCUAUGAGUCCUUUUGCCUUGAGUGCCAUCGCAGCUGCCUUUGGUCUUCUAGGGGGCGCUGUUCAUUUCUUACUGUGGUGGCGCUUCGGCAAGUACCUCUGGUCGAUGCUCCUGACUGGACUCAACCUCGGCUUCUUGUUCUCGGCACUCGUUUUCUUUGUCACGCCGCUCGAGAAUUUAUCAACGUUUCACAGUAACACCAUUUACGGCCUAAGCUUCUCCUGUGGAGUGCUGAUUGUGCCUGUCGUUCUGCUGUACUUCCCAAAAGUUUUGAGUAUCGUCGCCAGUGCUAUCUGGGGCUCAUAUCUCGUCUUAGCCACCAUCAGUUACUUCACCACCGGUAUCUUUCAUUACUUACUCUACAACGUCAUGCGGCGAGCCAUUAUGGACAAAUAUGCCGAGGCCCAUCACACUAUCAAGUUUGAAAUCAUCGACAUCAUUCUCUUUGUUGCAUGGCUUCUCUCGGCCAUCGCUGGCGCCCUGCUUCAACGGCACCUGACUAAACAUAGCCCCACCCCCUUCCCAGCAUGCCCCUACCGAGAGUGGAAGAAGCGUCAGCAGAAUUGUAACACCGAGCCCGACAGGCGAGGGCGCCAGAUACAGACCUUUCCAAGGGACGAUGUGACUGAAAGAUCACCACUCAUGGCAAACUGAACAUCACGAGGUAAACAAACGAAACAAAUAAACAAACAAAAAAGAACCUGAAAUAAGCACAAAAAUGAUCUCAAUAUAGACAGGUUGCUGGCUAUAAACUGAAAUAUCAUGUCAUGCUUAUGUUGGUCACUGAUUCCCUGUUGAUUUUGCACAGUAAAAAAAGUAGGUAACCAUCCAAAAUAAGUAUUACUCGAUGGGUACUUCUUGUGACUGGUACUAGGCCAUUUGAAACAUUCCUGAUAGUGUGGAAUAAUCUGAAUGAAAGUUUGGAUGAAUUACCCAAAUUUUUUCAAAGAUUCAAUUGAAAAUGUAAGCUUUGAAGAAGAAUGUGGUGCAUGUGGCAUAUUUCUGGUGGGGUUUGGGUUGCAGUAGGGGUUGGGGUGUGGG